UGCUGUAACAAUUGUUGUAGAGAGCUCAGGUUACUCACAUUCGUAAACAUUUGUAUAUGUAUGUGAUCUGUUUGAGAAGGGAUGAAAAGACAGAAGGGACAUCAAAUCGACAGUAGAGAGAAGAAGAGCCCUGCCAUGCCCGGUUCUCCUGUGGAUGCUAAGACUCAUUCCAGAUCAGCCCCCAUCAGCUCCACGAUGCCCCCCCUGCCUUCUGUCAACCCCAGCGGCCCUCGCCCGGCCUCCUUUUCCACCACAGCAUUGACCAAUGGGAAUCAUCAUCAUUCCCCACCAACCCUGAAUGCAGUGCCAUCUCCACCGCAGCGUUACAGCAACGGACCGUCCUCUUCCUCUUCCUCCUCGCUGGCCAACCAGCAGCUGCCGGCCACCUGCGGGGCUCGCCAGCUGAGCAAGCUGAAACGUUUCCUGACCACGCUGCAGCAGUUUGGCAACGACAUCUCUCCUGAGAUUGGAGACAGCGUCCGCAGCCUGGUUCUGGCCCUUGUGAAUUCCACGGUUACCAUUGAGGAGUUCCAUUCACGGCUUCAGGAGGCUACCAAUUUCCCCUUACGGCCCUUUGUUAUUCCUUUCCUCAAGGCCAACCUCCCCCUGCUGCAGAGAGAGCUCCUCCACUGUGCACGGGCAGCCAAGCAGACCCCCGCCCAGUAUCUGUCCCAGCACGAGCAUCUCCUGCUGAGCACCACCAUGGCCUCCUCUCCAGACUCCUCGGAGCUGCUGAUGGAGCCUCCAGAGGCAGUGACCAAGAGACACAGCCCCCACAGAGCUAAAGAGAAUGGUUUUCAUGAACGUCCCCCCGCAGCCAUGGAACCCGCCGCCAAACGGAUUUGCACCAUCAGCCCUGCUCCCCGACACAGCCCCGCCCACCCGCUGCCCCUCAGCGCCCAGCUUCACCCGACCCCUCCCCCCCUGCAGCACUACGCCCUGGAUGACAUCGCAGCACCACAUAUCCUACACCGCGAGCACAGCCAGCGCUUGUUGGAGAUCCGUGAGCUCAAAGACAGGCCCAGACUACCCGGCACUAACGGAGGCUACCGCGAGGAACCGGUGGACCACAGACUGACAGACAGAGAGUGGGCUGAUGAAUGGAGGCAUCUGGACCAUGUGUUGAACUGCAUUGUGGACAUGGUGGAAAAGACCCGGAGGUCAGUGAGCGUGCUCAGACGAUGCCAGGAGUCCGACCGCGAGGAGCUCAACUACUGGAGACGGCGUUCGAGCGAGCAGGAAGACCCCCGCAAAGGAGGGUCCGCCUCCACUCCCUUCUCCAAGACACACAGCCCCCACUCAGCAGAGUCAGACUCCCAGCGAGACUUUGCUCCUCGGCCAGGAUCAGCAUACGUUACGGAUGAGAUCUGGAGGAAAGCUGAAGAAGCAGUGAAUGAGGUGAAGCGGCAGGCCAUGGAUGAGGUCCAGAAAGCAGUAGCGGAGGCUGAGCAGAAGGCAUUUGAAAUGAUUUCUUCUGAAAGGGCAAAGAUGGAAAAGACUCUGUCCGAUGCAAAGAAGAAGGCUAAAGCGGACGCCAUCUUGGUCAUCAACGAGCAGGAGGAUUCCAGCGAGUGUUGCUGGAACUGUGGGCGUAAAGCUAGCGAGACGUGCAGCGGCUGUAACGCCGCUCGCUACUGCGGCUCCUUCUGCCAGCACAAAGACUGGGAGAGGCACCACCUCAUCUGCAGCCCAGGCCUCCAGGCUCAGCCCAAACCAGUGUCUGCCAUCACUGCCAGCAGGGCGGCAGCAGCAGCAGCAGCAGGGGUCUCUCCUGUUGGUCUUUCCGCGGUGAAGACCCCUGACAGUGUUCCUUCAGUUUGCAGUCCUGGUGGAGAAAAGGCUUCAGUCGCUUCUCGCUCCUCCACCCCUUCCACCCCUGCCUCGGGCCCCGAGACCAACGGACACUAGGAGGUGAAAGACAUCCGCGCUGAACGUGUCACCUAUCCUCUUUCUUACUUAAGGGAACUAUUUUCUGGGUUAAGUUAGGGUAGCAGAUUUUUUUCGUCAUACUCUUUGGCAGUGAAAAAAGGACAGAUUACGGAUGACUGAGUGAUAUGUCAACUGGGACUUUGGCUUUGGCAAAGAAAAGGAGAACUCGUCUCGAACGCAUCUAUUGGAUGAGCAGAUCUCCCUAGCAGAUGGAAACGUGUUUUUGUUCCUCCAAAAAAAUGUUGGAUCUGCAAGCAGCGGAAAAAAACUGAGGAUAGCUCUCAGUUUAUCUCUGGCUGAGGGGAGGCAGUUAUGAAAGGGAGGCAUACGAGGAGAUACAAAAAACUAUGGAAAACGCCUCCUCCACCGACCAAUACUCCCACUUUGUUGUGUAUAGAUUUAAGUUUGGGAGGUGGUGAUGGAAAAUGUAAACCGUGUGAUAGUACCAGCCGAAAAUCUGAGAGUAGACAACACAAUCUCUGCAGCUCCUCCUGUAUACAUACAUAUAUGCUCGCCAAAUUCAUGUCAGGUUUUCAUGUGUGAAUGCGGUUGUGCCAUCAGUGAAUAUUGUACAGCAUAUGAUAACUUUUGUCAAAGCAAUAUAAAAGUGAAGUGUUCAGGUAUCUCAAGCCGCUUCUGCAUCACCAAAGUUUCCAGUCGCUAAAGAAAGAGUCUCGUCAUUCAUUGCCUGUAAAUGUUGUUGUGAACAAGAAAUAAUUAUACUCCAACACCACAUUAUAUCUACUUUUAUAACGACCGGAACAUCGGUCCCUAUUUUUCCUUUUUGAUCACCAGACAUCUUCACAGGUGAUGAGGAUUGGAUCAAGUAAGGGCAGGAGGAUAAGGUUCAGACUUUAUUCUGGCUGCAGUUUCAUUUUGGCACUUGUUUGCUUCACCAGUUGUGUAUGACGGGGGUCAGAUUUUGCUCCAUAUCUUCCACCACUGCAAUUUUGCAUCUGGGGUUUGUAACAGAGUACAGUUUUUAACCAAAGCAGGCAUAAAGGAUGACAAUUAAAUCUUGCCACUGGUGCUACUGUUGCCGUGGUUCAGGUUUGGAGCAGUGACUGUCCCAUGGAGAAUCUCAGGAGCUAAACUGUAUUUGUAUGUACAGGUCUUCUUUUGCCGCAGUUAGGUUCAAGUCAAACGUUUAGUGAGGAACUUUGAUUUAUGGUACUCCGCUGUUGCAUCGACACAUUGUUCUUGUGUUUUUGUUUGUUGUAAAAUGACUUUGUAAAGUAUAUUAUGAGAGAAUGCUUUUAUUUUGUGAGCCACGAUUUACUUUGUUCUUUAAACACGUUCUUUAUUAUGAGGCAUACGUUCAUAUGAAAAAAAGAUAUCUUGACAUGAAGUAUGAAAUAAAGAAAUAGAAUUAAUUCA